GGCACAUGAUUGCAAGUAAAAAGCGGGUUUGGAAAGAGAAUAGUAAAAGGGCUUUGCUUUCAACUUUGGCUUCAAAAAAUUGCAAAGGGAGAGCUUCUCCAUCCCCGGCCACCUUCCCUUUCUUUUCCUUCUUUCUUCCUUUCUUUCAUAUUUCCUUCUUUGGGUGUGAGACAUGUCAAGCUGCAGCAUCGAUGUUGCUCCUGAGAAACUCUGCUACAUCCCCUGCAGCUUUUGCCACAUUGUUCUUGCGGUGAGUGUUCCAUGCAGUAACCUGUGUGACAUUGUGACCGUUCGAUGCGGUCACUGCACCAACCUAUGGUCUGUGAACAUGGCCGCAGCGUUUCAGUCACUGUCAUGGCAAGAAGUUCAGGAAUCUGGUCACUCCAAUUCACAAUGUAGAAUUGACACAGGAUCCACUUCUAAAUUCUGCAACAAGAUACAAAUGCAUGCACCCACCGUUCAUGUAAAGGAAGAAAGAGUUGUGAACCGAACUCCUGAGAAGAGACAGCGUGCACCUUCUGCUUAUAAUCAGUUCAUCAAAGAAGAGAUUCAACGGAUUAAGGCCAAUAAUCCUGAUAUCAGUCACAGGGAAGCUUUCAGUACAGCUGCUAAGAAUUGGGCACAUUUCCCUCAUAUUCAUUUUGGGCUGAUGUUAGAAAGCAACAAUCAAGAUAAUUAAGAUGGAGAAUGUGAAUUUGGGAAGCAUUUGAUGUCAAGAACUGCCUAUUGAAAAAAUAAAUGCUAUUUCCAUAUCUCAGGACUUCGCUUUAAUUUGUGUUUGUCUUGUAAACAUAGCACACUUUUAAUGUGUUUAAUAGUUAGCUUUUUUAUUUUGUCAAAAUAAUUUGUCACUACUUAUUAUUUGCUCAAUGGAUGCUUUUAAUUACGUAAGUUGAACAAUGCCA